UUGCCAGUUUCAGGUUGUUCAGGGUUAGUGACGUCGUGUCCUAACAAAAAUUUGUAGUGGUAGCUUGUCACAUUUUCGCAAAGUAUGUGACGUUGAAAUCGUAAUGUAUGGUGUAACAGAGAUAGAUGCUAACUUCUGAUGAGUUGUGCAGCUCGCGUAUUUUAAUCCACGCCGUUGUUCUUGCGUAUCUUUGCUUUACUCUUUCCCUGCUGGCGGCAGAUGUCUUUUUAGGCGAGGAAAUGGCGGGAGGUCAGAAAUGUAACGCAGGCUUAGUGCAAGUGGACUAGUGCCUGUCAUUCAUCCCCCUAAAGGAGUAACUUUUAAAAACGGUUAAGAGAUACCUGACGUCUCCAUGGAGGCUGUGAUGGGAGAAGCAAAUGAACUUCAGCCGGAGGAUAAUACUACGGCGUCCCGUGAUAUAGAUGUCCAUGUUAAUGGAGAAAUGAAUGGAGUUGAAGCAAUGGAAGUAUGCAGUAUUCGUAGCCCAGAAAAGCUAAUUUCAGCAAAGAAAUUAUCAGACAUUUCUGAUGACUGUAUGGAUGAUAGUACACUGGCACCCAGUCCUGAAGAAAAAAUGAACAACAGUGAAGAAUGUGAACUGACGACAAAAGAAAUCGACAUUAAGGAAGAUUCUGCAUCAGAAGCUUCUUAUGAAGGUAGUGGUGAAAGCCAGGAAGAAACUCAGCAUGAAGAAGUUGGAGAGGACAAAAGUAAUCAAAGGUCACUGUCAUCUUUAGAAAAUCCAAUGCCCACGGAGAAGAAUGUGCUCAGUCACCACCCAUCUGAAGAUAGUUUAUACUGUGGAAUUGAUGCAGAAAAUUCUUGUGAGUCUAGAGACGUUGACAAUUUCCUUAAUGGAACGGAAGAAGAGGAUUGUAGUGAAGGGAACUUUGAUAGCGAAACACCAAUGGAAUUGGGUGGUACAAGUGAAAAUGAGAGGGAAAUAAAAACCAGUGAAAUUGAGGAGGAUAAUAUUUCAGCAAUGAUUUUAGACAAGUCGUGUAAUUCACAGGACAGUGACAUUUCAAAAGAAGAUAAUGAAGACAAUUUUUAUCAUAUUUCAAGUGAAAGUAAAGCAGAACAAAUUGUAGAGAAUCUGAAAGAAGAUUCUUGUACAGAAACUGUGAAUAAAGUAAGUACAGCGAGUAUCAUUAGUGAAGAUUCUGUGGCAGACAGUGUAGAUAAUAGUGUAAAAGAAAUAGUUAAUUCCAAAGAUUCUCAUCAGUCUGAGAAUAUUACCAGUAAUUAUGAAGUUCCUAUGGAACAUAUGUCCAGCACAGAAGAUACUGAGGAGAAUCAGCCUGUAAGUAUUGACAAAGACGACAGUAGAGAUAGUGUCAAUGCUGCAGAUUUAAAUAUAAAUGACAGUGCAACAAGUGUGUGUGAUGAUCAGCAAACAGGUAACAGUGCUUUAACAAGUGUUUCUGACAAGAGAGAUACUGGGGAUUUUAGAGGUGUGUCAGUUGAAGGUGCAGCUGUCAUGUCAAUCCAGGAGCAAGACAGUGGUAAGAAUGAUGAGAACUUUUGUGUUUCAAAUGAGUGUGUCAGUGAACAAGAAAGUGCUCAAAGUGAUUCUAAAGCACUCAGUGAAGAUGAUGAGGGUGUACAGUCUAGUGAGAACAAAUUUGUGCAGAACAGCAGUGAAAGUGGAAAUAGUUUAGAUAAAGUGAGUGAUAAGGAAGAUCUUGAAAGCAAAACUGAUGGGGACCCAUUAGGAAAAAAUAAGAAGAAAACCAAACCCAUCGUGGCACCUCUAACACCACGGCGUAGUUCGCGUAAUUUGAAUAAGCAGAAAAGUUACAUAGAGAAGGAGGACGAUCCAGACAUUCAGGAAAUAGCACCUGUAGACCCAUUGGCGAUUACAGAUCCCUUAAGAGAUGACAAAGAAAACAGCAAAUAUAGGAACUCCAAGAAAACUACUAUUGUUGUUAAUGACACAAAACGUUUGGCAGAAAUUGCUGCGGGUACAAAACACAUUAAGGGUAAAAAAGAACCAACUUUGGUUAUCAUAGACACAAAUUCAAUACUAGCUGGUAAGGGGCCAGUACCUUUAACUCAGGAACCACCGCCUUUGGCAGGUCCUUCAUCCAAUUCUACUUACUCUGUUUUACCAGUUGCUAUCCCUGCUCAGGGUAUGUAUCCUCGCAUGAGCAAUCCAAUUAUUUCUGCACAUGCACCUCGGUUAACUACACCACUGCCUCCUCCGCAACUACCGCCACAGCCACAACCACAGCCUCAGCCACCACCACCACCACCACCCCCACCUCCCCCUCCUUCUACUCCGCUGCUACCUACUCUGACUGAUGACAUGUUUGUUGUAGAGGCACCAUCAUUUAUUGUUCCUUAUGUUUAUGAAAAACCCCCACUCAAACCCUUGAAACAGUUCAUUGCUCAGCUGAGAAAACAAUUGGAAGAAGAGAACAAUAAAGAGAAAAAUGAUAUACCUGCCUCACACUCUAAAAGUGAAAAAGAGGCAGAAAAAGCUGGUGAGAGCAUAAAUACUGUUGGCACAGAAAAGUUGGCAAAUGAAGAAACAUGUGGAACAAAUGAAUCAAAGACCACAAAAAUAAAAGAUCAAGAAAAUAAAAUAAAAACUGAAACGUCUGAGACAAAGCUGGGCGCUGUUGAGGAAAGGAAUCCUAAAGAUCCUUUGACUGUAGAAUCUGCUAUAAAAAAUGUGGACAUGGAGAAAAAAGAAGAAAAAACUGAUGAGGACAAGGAAAAACCUCAUAGCUUUUUUGAUGAACCUACAGGAAAAUUUUUUAUUGACAUAGGAAUGAGCCUCGUUCAUGAAUAUGUGCAAACAGAACUGCUAAGAACUCAGAAACGAAGAAGGGAUCGUGAAGGUGGAAGGCCGAACACAGAGACUCAAUUUGCUAUAAAUUCUUUACUUAAGACACUGGAAAGUAGCAAAGAAAACAAUGAACCAUUUCAUAUGGAACUUAAAAAAUGCGAAUACUGUAGUUUUAAGACUGAAUCAUCUUUAGUUAUGGCACAACAUUUAGAAACUCCACAUAUGCGUAAUUAUGUAUAUAGGUGCAAUUUUUGUCCAUUGGAAGUUCGAAGCCCUCAUGAUAUAUUAUUUCACAUGGAGGCUGAUCACAAUGUACGGGGUCGCCUCGAACGAGCACCAGCAUUUCAUCAGUGCCCUAAUUGUCCUUUUGAAGAUAAUCAGAAAGGAAAACUUUCUAGACACUUGCUAUCCUGUGCAAAGAAACACAAACCUGAACGAAACCAGGAACCACCCAUAGAUUGGGAACCUCCAGCAAAAAUACCCAAAGUUCCGAGAAGUCGUGCUGCUCCACCACUUGGGUUAGGUGCAGCUACAUAUCAAGCAGUACAAGGGAAAACUUAUUCCCAACAUCCAUUGUUGCCCAAACUUGUUCAGGGUGCACCACUACCACCACCUGUUGGAGGACUUAUGCGAAGGGGUAGACCACCUCUGCAUAGCAGGUUCUACACACCACAAGAUCUGAGGCCUGCGCCAGUGCAGCCACCGCCACAGCCACGUCAUGUUGCACCAACACAGUUAAGACAAGGAAUGCUCUACCGACAAGCAGUACCUCCGAACCAGUCUCAGGUGUUACUUCCAACUACAUACCAGUUGAGUAACAGUCAGCUGUACCAGGGUUCAAAGUACCUACUUGCCAGCUCACCAAUGAUGGUUGGAAGUCCGGGCCAGAUGAUGCCAAUGAUGCCUGCUGGCAUCCCAUCUGUACCACGUCUUACAAUAAUGCCACCAAGCACUGCAAGUGCAGUGGCUUCCGUUCCAGCCCCCGUAGCUUUGGUUCCAAACAUCUCUGCUGCAAGCAAUUCCAUUACUAUACAGAGUGCAAAUAGCAAGAAUCCAGCAGCAAAGCUUCUUCAGCAGCCCAGUAUAUCAAUUACUCCAUUACCUCGACAGACAACUGGAGUGUCCCAAGGAAAUACUCAAAAUUCUAAACAUCCUGGUCUGCCAGGUCAUCCAGGAACACCGGGUGCGAAACCCACAUUUGUAAUUUGUGAAAUAUGUGAUGGUUAUAUAAAGGAUCUGGAGCAGCUUAGGAAUCAUAUGCAGUGGAUUCACAAAGUGAAAAUUCAUCCGAAGAUGAUAUAUAAUCGGCCACCAUUGAACUGUCAAAAAUGUCAAUUCAGAUUUUUCACUGAUCAGGGCCUGGAACGUCACUUACUCGGUUCGCAUGGGCUUGUUACUUCUAGUAUGCAGGACGCAUCAAACAAAGGAAAAGAUAGUGGCCGGUGUCCAGUCUGUGGACGGGUUUAUCAAUGGAAACUUCUUAGUCAUGUUGCAAGGGAUCACAAUAUGUCUCUAAAACCAGCACACCUGUCAUACAAAUGCACAGUAUGCACGGCAACAUUUGGAAUGUAUAAACAGUUUGAGAACCACGUGUAUUCUGCUCACAGUGUAGUUGCAAAGAGAGGUGUCGUGGACAAGAAAACUACGCAGCCACCAAGAUUGCAGUCAGGUGACACCAUACUGAAGCCAUUGAAAAUUAAUGACGAGAUAACAAUAAUUCCACAGCCAGCAAGACCACGCCCAGGUCCUGCAAGUAGAACAGGUGCAAUACCGGCAGCAAUGCAGCAAAAACAGGAAAAGGUCUAUUACUGUGAACAGUGUGAGGCAACAUUUGAUGGUCCGUCAGGUUAUAUUAUGUAUGUGGGCCACAUGAAACGCCGACACCUGCGAUUGUGUAAUGUGAAAGUGUGUAGGUUGGAAGACUGUCCAACUUGUAGUCAGCAUGUGUCACAGGAGGUACUUGACCAUAUAGCAGAUAAUAAGAGUGGUGUUGAUGUUAUUGAACUCUCUGAUGAUGAAUUAUUAAUAGCAGGUCAGGGUCGGAAUGAAAUAACUAUAACUAAAGUACCCUGUGCCCCAGGACCAAAGAGAUUCAAGCAUAAGCUUCAGCAGAGAAGUAAUGUACAAGUAAUAGAACUAGAAGAUAGCCCAGCAAAAAACAAAACUAAUGAUGACACUCCAUUCCGAGAAAAUGGGGAAGACUCACUGCAUGCAGUAAAAGAACGGUUACGAAGAAGGAAGAGCCUAGAGAUAAGUCAGGUUGAUUCUGAAUGCUCAUCUCCCAUUUCUGGUGAUGAUAUACCUUCGAAGAGACGCAAAUUAGAUGAUGAAUAGUUACUAUAUCUUGCUAUAAGUAUGGAUUGCUCUUUAGUUGUCUUGCUUAAUGUCUUAGCUGUUAUUUCGAUGGGUAGGAAAAGUAUGAUACUGAGUUAAAAGUAAGUAAAAAUUUCUUCAUGUGGAAAUUACAGUAAUUCUGUAUAAUUUAUAAUAGCUCAUAAUGGUCUGAAUCAGUGGUUAGUAAGACUGUUCUCAAUUCUGAAAUUGUACAGACUGAUUAUAUAUAUAUAUAUAUUUGUGUGUGUGUGUGUGUGUGUGUGUGUGUGUGUGUGUGUGUGUGUGUGUGUGUGUUUUAAGGAAGGAGCAGACGGAAAACAAUAGGUAGUAUAAAUACUUAACAGUGGAAUUUGUGCAGUGUUCUAUUUAUUUCUGGACACAUGUAAUAAAAAGAAGCCAUCAUCUGUAUAACAGGGCAACAAAUCUGUGUAAUCUAAAGAAAGACAGCCACUUUUUUAAGUUUAACCAAAGUGGAUUCUAUGGUUGUGUUUGUAGAAUGUGGUGAAGUUGUAUGUGUAAAUGUGUAAGCUGCAUAUUUGCUGACCAUAUGUGGCUUCUGUAAAUCUUAUAACUUUAUGAACAUUUAGCUGAUCUGUGAAAGUGGCUGGAAAUGUGUUAUUAGGAAGGAAAGUAUCAUACUAAAAUAAACAGGCAGCCAAGUAAUACCCGAUAAAUCAACUGAACUGAGACUCUCUUCAAAUUUUGAAUUGUAUAUUUGUUUUACGACUUUCAGUUGUAAGUCAAUAGUAGUCGCCUUUUUGUGAGUAUACUGUUUCUUGUGUUAACUGUUAAAUGAAACAAUAUUCACAAUGUAAUUUUCCACACAAUGUUGUAUUUUCGUGCCACAACUAUUAAAAAGUAAUUUUACACGACUACACUUCAGCGAAGCUUGUAGAUCUUAUUUUUGUUUACAUUAUAUCAUCAACUGCAAAUGUGCUGAGGGUCAAGUAUCCUGGCAAAACAGCUAUUGUGUAUGAAGUAUGCCAAAUUAGCCAUGAAAUCUUCAGCUUUUGAUUCUGAUAUUUGGUGUAUGUAUUAUGUAAACUAUUGGAAUUUUGUUUUGAUGUGAAAUAGCUACAAGCUCUUGUGUUUUUCUUAUAAUCAGGUACAUAGAAUUUCCUCUCAGGAUGGUGUACAGUCUGCAAAUUCAGAAAUCAUAUUUGAUUUCUAGCCUGAGAAUUAUGCUUAAGAAGCAACUGCUCUUUAGAAUAACUGUGUACUAAUCCCUUGAGUGCUUUUAUAAAUACUGCAUAUGUGAGCGAAUGUAGGUUACCUAUGUAAAAUAUUUAUUAGUCUGUGCAUCCUCUAUUUGUGAAAAUAUUUUAAACAGUGAAGUGGGAGCAUGACAUACUGUUUCGGAUAAGUGCAUUCCAUCAGACACAGUGUAUUUGUGUGAAACUAUUAAGCCAAACUUUGUUUGGGCCUUCAUUAAAUAUUUACAUAUUUAUUUUUUCUUUAAUGUAAUGUACAGUUUUUAUUCUGGAACAAGGAGUAUUGAAAAAUGA